AUUUUUUGAUAUUUUCGUUUUCGAAAAACACGGUCCACAAAAUGCGAAAAUCGACAACGAGACGCAGUCACAGUGAGAAAAGUUCAUCGAGAGGUUCCAUGUCAUCACCGCCAACCAGAUUCUAUCCAUCUGAAGAUUCAGAGUCGAUUUACUCGACUCGAAAAUGCUCCAAAAGGACUACGACGACUGCUACUACGGAUGAGGAGAAGCCGAACAACAGCUACUACAUUGACGAUAUUUAUGAUUCGACUGAAGAAUAUCAAGUGACAUUCCCGACGGUUGAGCUGAAAUUGCCACGUCAGAGAAAGCAUUGCCGCAGGCGAUCGAAGAGACAGGAUCAGGCACAGGGAGAGCAUGUGACAAUCACGAAAUGUGUUGAUAGAAGACAAGUCUACGGAGAGCCCGAUAAUAAGAACACCAUAUCCGAGCACUCUACGUACACCUACUCUACCCAUCCGGAACGUUGCUCUCAGGCCGGCCGUACUUCUCGUUCGAACAGCUAUUCUGACGCCACAGAUGCCACAUAUCGGACUGAAAACUCGCAGAAUCGUCUUCAAACUCUCGGCAACUGUGCCACGUCGAUUGGCAACUUUUUCCGCAACAAUCCGAGAUUCACCAAGCUCGUGUUCGGCAUCAUUCUGUGCUACUUGGUGGUUUGCAACUUGGAAAUUCUGAUUCCACGUGUCAUUGCUCUCGUCGUUAGGCUCAGCUAUCCGUGGGCUCGCUACUGGGCCGUCGUUGUUGAGCAAUUCUUUAUGUCAAUUGCCAAUAUGUUCACUAGAAUGGAUGCGAUCAUUUUUGCCUCCUACUGUGAGUUUGCUGCCAGAUACUGCCGUUCGCGCCGUCUAAUGUGUGACGUCACCUGCUCGUUCGUGGACCACGUGCUCUCACAAGCUCGCCCCAAUUUGACACCGAUUCCACAAAACUAGAUGGGCUUCGAUUUUUCUCUCAACUUCUCGAAUUCUGGACUUUUUUCUCUUUUUCUCUCUUCCUCAUUUAGUGGGUGAUAAUAAAAUAGUUUGGCGAUGUGCUCACGUACUCUCACUGU